AACGGAUGCAUAAUUUCACUUUUGCUCUUGUGCUGUCCCUCGCUCGCAACAAUAAAAUCCAGUGGUGACAUAUGGAGCUGUAAAUGACAGUAAAUGUCGAUUGAUCUUUAGAGUUGGUGUUGUUGUCGCUUAUAAAGCCCCCGUGAAUGACAUUUCAUCUCCAGCGCUGUGUACUGCAGCUGGUUCAGCGCUGUCUCCAGGUGUAGAUUUGACUGCAGCGAUGGCAUUUAAAAAGACGUAUGUAAGCGUGGGAUACGCGUGUGUUGGGAUGUUGGUGGGAUUUUCGGCAUUUCUAGUUUGGAACAUCGCAUACAAACAGCCGUGGACAGCAGCGAUGGGUGGAUUAUCAGGGGUUCUGGCACUAUGGGCCUUAGUCACACACAUAAUGUACCUUCAGGACUACUGGAGAACAUGGUUAAAAGGAUUGAAGUUCUUCCUGGCCAUAGGUGUCGUCUUUUCAGUGGUAUCAAUCAUAGCGUUCAUCUGCUUUCUUUGUGUUGGCAUCUCACGCAAAGAAUCUAUUACAGAUCCUACCAGUCUGUACCUUGCGUGCGUAUGGAGUUUCAUGAGUUUAAAGUGGGCGUCCCUGCUGGCCCUCUAUUCUCAUCGAUAUCGCAAAGAAUUCGCCGACAUCGCCAUCCUCAGUGACUUUUAAAUAAACACACUCAUGCCCACAGACAAGCAACCAUACAAACGUGAAACACAUCUUGCUAUGAUCAUUUAAAAUGAACCGGGAGCACUUACUGCGCAGAGCCAGAAAGCUUUAUGUUAUUUAGUCUAUAAAGAAACGAGAUUAGUGUUACUUCUCUUCCUUCUCUUGUCUGUGGGAAUGCAUUGUGGGUAAUGUUUUUUAAGACGGUAGAUAACAGAGAGGCUGCUGAGUAUACUUAAAGAUGUCAUCAGUGAUGUUUUAUACAAUGUUUUAAAAUCUUUAUCUUUUUGCAAGCAUAUGAUCAAAAUCACUAUUUCUGAGCCUUUUUACGUUGUGUGAGGUAUUGAGGAGAACUUUCUGUCUUUAUCUUUGCUGCUGUCGUUGUUGUCGUCUUGAAUGUUUUCUCGCAGUGGGACACGAGCAGAUUUUUAUCAUGUCUAGCCUGGUAACUAUUUCAGGUGUCAAUAAACAAACCAUUUUCUUGUAACCAUUAAUACAAGUUACAGAUUAUGUAAAGGUGGUGCCUAUUGAUCUUUGUUUAAGCACUUUAUUGUCUGUACACAUUUUUAUAAUAGUUUGUUCAUAAGGAACAGUUCAACCAAUCACAGCCUGUUUUUUUGAAUGUUCAAUCUGUUUCUUGUUUUUCUUUUGUUUAUCAUGUUUUUAUAACCCCAAAGCAUUAUAUUAGGAGAAACCUUGGGGCACUUUGAACUAAAUAAUUGAUCAAAACCAAAUAAUUAGCAUAUUUUUGUAGCAUUUUUACAAUUUGUUGGUAGUUUCCCAAUGUAAACUUUAUAACCUUUUGAUGUCAUUCUAUCAAAUGUCUAAUAGUUCAAUAUCAUCUGUCAACAUUAUAUGUCACUUAUAUCACAGGGUCGAUUAUGAUUUAUUAUGAAUUUACCUAAACAAGACUGCAUGCAUUUGACUUGUUAUAAUAUGUUGAUGUUUCUUUUUAUAUUUACACAGAUUGUAAUACAUAUGUGAUUUAAGCCGUUGCCUAAACAUUUUAGGCAUUUUGUAGUUAACCAUUAUACCAUAUUAAUAUAAACUCAAUAAAGGUGUGUAUGUACAGUA